AUGGACAACAUCGACGAGGAAUAUGACCGGCUUGUUGAACACCUUCACGACUGCGCGAAGAAGGCUGAGAGUUUUAAAACCACCAAGAGGCGCCUGUCUCUUCAAACUCUUGAGCUGAUACGCCAGCGUGGAGCAGCACGAGCCGCAGGGAACCAAGAACUCACGUCCGAGCUCGCAAGGCUUUGCAGAGAGGCGAUAAAGGAAGACUUUAAAGAGAGAAGAGCAGAAGUGCUGGCUGAAGCUGCAGAGGCGGGGAAAAGCAUCCGCUAUGCCCGUCGAGACUUCACCAGUCACAAGACGAGGAUGACUGCUUUCCGGAACCCAAAUGGAACAGCAAUUGCAUCGAGAAGAAAAUCAUCUACGACUUCUACUCUGAUCUCUUCGACAGCCAUGUCCAUUUGCCUCCUCACCAUCUGA